UCAGUGCCUAGAACAGUGCCUGGGACGCGGGCUAACCAGGAAUUGUCAGCUGAGUUUUCCUUUUUUGGCACGUGGCUGAUUUAACAACUCUUGGGUACCUGCUAGGUUCUGGGGACACAGCAGUGAACAAUAAGGACAAAAACUCCUGCCCUCACGGUCCUGACGUUUUGUGAGGGGCGAUGGGGCUCUGUCAGGCAGGGAUAGCUGCUGUGUGACAUGUGGGACAUUCCACGGGAGGGAGAGGAAAUCCCCAGAUAGUGCUUGGACCAGGGGAGACCUGGGGGAGGUGAGGAUCCAGGAUGAGGAAGGACAAGUGCAUAGGCCUGAGGCAGGAAUGUGUCUGGCAUGUGGAAGGAGCAGCAUGAAGGCCGGAGGGGCUGGAACAGCGAGCUGGGGGAAGGGAAGGGAUGAGAUCAGAGAUCACACGGAUCAGGAAAGCCACAGAGAGCGCUCGGCUUCUUUCGGCCCCAGCCGGCGGAGCCAGCGUUGCUUCCGAGAAGAGGAGGGACUCAAUCUGCCCGGUGUUUUAACAGGAUCCUUCUGCCGUGAUGGGGACACUACGGCCUGGAGUGGGCGAGACGGUUAUCUGCUCCAGCCGGGCCACUGUGAUGCUUUACGAUGACGGCAACAAGCGGUGGCUGCCUGCUGGCACCGGCCCCCAGGCCUUCAGCCGAGUCCAGAUCUACCACAACCCCACAGCCAAUUCCUUCCGCGUGGUCGGCCGGAAAAUGCAGCCGGACCAGCAGGUGGUCAUCAACUGUGCCAUCAUCCGGGGUCUCAAGUACAACCAGGCCACCCCCAACUUCCACCAGUGGCGCGACGCCCGCCAGGUCUGGGGCCUCAACUUCGGCAGCAAGGAGGACGCCGCCCAGUUUGCCGCGGGCAUGGCCAGCGCCCUCGAGGCCUUGGAAGGAGGUGGGCCUCCAGCAGCACCACCGCCACCUCAGCCACCUGCGGGGCCUCCUACCUGGUCUGUCCAGAACGGUCCCUCCCCGGAGGAGGCGGAGCAGCACAAAAGGCAGCCGGAGCACAUGGAGCGGGAGCGCCGGGUCUCCAAUGCAGGAGGCCCACCUGCUCCCCCAGCUGGGGGGCCACCCCCACCUCCAGGACCUCCGCCUCCUCCGGGUCCCCCCCCACCCCCUGGUCUGCCCCCAUCGGGGGUCUCAGCUGUGGGGCAUGGAGCAGGGGGAGGCCCACCCCCUCCGCCCCCUCUCCCCACAGCAGCAGGCCCCAGUGGUGGUGGGACGGGGGCCCCCGGCCUGGCUGCAGCCAUUGCCGGAGCCAAACUCAGGAAAGUCAGCAAGCAGGAGGAGGCCUCAGGGGGGCCCUCAGCCCCCAAAGCUGAGAGCAGUCGAAGCACAGGCGGGGGGCUCAUGGAAGAGAUGAACGCCAUGCUGGCCCGGAGAAGGAAAGCCACACUAGUUGGAGAGAAACCCCCCAAGGAUGAAUCUGCCAAUCAGGAGGAGCCAGAGGCCAGAGUCCCUGCUCACAGUGAACCUGUGCGGAGACCCUGGGAGAAGAACAGCACAACCUUGCCAAGGAUGAAGUCGUCGUCCUCUGUGACCACUUCCGAGGCCCACGCCCCUACACCCAGCGCUGCUGAUGAGUCAGACCUGGAGAGGGUGAAACAGGAGCUUCUGGAAGAGGUGAGGAAGGAAUUACGGAAAGUGAAAGAGGAAAUAAUUGAAGCCUUUGUCCAGGAGCUGAGGAAGCGGGGUUCCCCCUGACCACAGGGCUCCAGAAGAUCCCGUUUCUUCUUUCCGCACACCCCGCCUGUCACCCUGCUUUCCCUGCCUCAACUUGAAUU